AUGCGUAUUUAUUGGGGUGGUAAAGUAGCUCAAUUAUACGCAUACGAUGGAAGACAAGUCGAACUUCGUUUUCACAAAUAUUUAGAAAAUUUAGUAAGUCAUCUUCAAAUCACUGAAAAUUACAUAACUGAUAAAAUCAAUAAAUUAAAUCAAACUAAUAACCAAUUACAAGAAACAAUUAAUAAAUCUGAUAAUAAAAUUAAAGAAUUGGAAAAACAAAACAUAAACACCAAUAAUCAAUUAAACGAAUUAAAUAAUAAAAAUAACCAAUUAAAUCAAACCAAUAAUCAAUUAAAUCAAACUAUUAUCAAUUUAAAUGAAAAAAAUAAAGAAUUAGAAAAAACAAACAUAUCUAUUAAUAAUGAAUUGCAAGAAAGAAUUAACAAUCUAAAUUUAUUGAAAGAAGAAUUUGAUUCGUUCAAGAAAUCGAUCGAGGAGCAAAAAAAGAUCGAUACUUUGGUAACAGAAAUAUGCACGAUGCUAAGCAUAGAUUCAGAUAAUAAUUUAUUAAAGAUAUACAAUACUUUA